CUAGAAGCACUUUUUUUAAAAAGGUUAAUCCAAGAGCGGACGGAGUUAACGACCAUCAUGGCCGACCUUUCGCUUGCUUAGAUUUUAGAGAAUUUUUAAAAUGGCUUUUAAAAGAGCGAGGCAAAGCCGACAUCGCGGUACCGAGAGGGAAACCACCCCUGAAAUUCGCUGUGCAAAGGGCAGCAUUAACUCCCCGCCCCUCGCAAGGAGCGCCCUUGCAACGCCACGCCCCGCCCCACCUCCACUCUCCUGCCCAUUUUCGCAACGCAACGGGGGGCGCGAGCCGCAGGGAUGCGCUUCCCCUCCAAUCAGCGGAGGCCGAGAGCUGUACAGUUUGGCGGCGCCUCCGCGAGCUCGGCUUCGCUCAUGCCCGGUUCUUUUCGGAGUUGGUCGCCGUUAGUGAGAGGAGGCUUGGUUUGGUCAUGGAGCCUCAGCCGACCGAGGUCGCCAUGCGCCCCACCAGUACCUAUCAAUACCCCAAGGUUGCCUCUAAUCCUGCGGUCAGGGAUCAUGUGAUCUGGUCGCUGUUCAGUUUGAGUUGGUGCAAUUGCUGUUGCCUUGGCUUGGUCGCUCUCCUCUACUCCAUUAAGUCAAGAGAUCGUAAAGUUCUUGGAGACCCUGAAGCUGCAGCUAGUUAUGGCAGGACAGCCAAGUACCUGAAUAUUGCUGCAUUGAUGAUAACCAUCAUAGUCUACAUUAUUUUCAUGAUUAUAUUAAUCAGUAGUGCACUGUUCAUCCUUAACACACUCUUCCAAAUAAUGAAGCUUCCAGAUGAAAUAGAAGAAUUCAGAGGGAACUAA